AUGCAGCACUGGACUAAGUGGCGUGAGCAGAAGAAAACGCUCAAAAAGGAAGAUGUUGUCGUCAAUCAGGACGACAACAUCUUCCUUUUUGAGCUUUUCAACCUUCCCCCCAUGCGAUGGCGCUUCGUUGGAAAACGAAGCAAAAGAAGGCCUGCGAAAGACACAGACGAUUUAUCAGGAUUGGAGGGGGCGGAGGGAGAGUUACGGCGUCAGAACGCCCGCUCUCGCCUUGUAGAGAGGCUAGGAGUGAGUGCGGGGAAUCUCUCCGAUUAUGGGGCCCUCACCAGUGUGGAUAAUAGGUUAGUGAGGUCACCCGGGGAGGAAGAGUUGGACGAUGUUGUCCUCCUUGGCAUUCCCGAGAUAAAGGAUCGGACGGCUGUGCGGGUUCGUCGCAUUUUUGAAAUUGCGGCGAAGUCGGGCAACCUUAAGAGUGAGUUUGUCCGCGACCUGAAGAUUGUGGCUAAGGAGGUGAACGAGCUCGUGGAGGAUCUCGCUGAGAGAUGCCUGGGAGGGGAAGAGGGGAGGCGCCUUCAGAGGGAUAAUACCCGUCUGAGGGCCCAGGUCUCAGACUUGGGACAGGAGAUUGGGGCCCUUAGAAGGGAGAUGGUGGAUAUGAAUGCGCGCUUUGCGCAGUCUGAAAGAGGGGUACAGGAUCCAAGCACGGCGGAGGGCACCCCGAGUUUAACUCCGGAAGCCCUUCGGCAAUUGAUAGAGGGGCUCCUUGAUGGAAUCACCUCCUGGUCUGUGACCGAAUUACACUAUCCGGACCCUCCAAACAUGAGUUUUUUUAGUGAAGCAGGGCUCAGCCACUUCGCAGGGCCAAGAAAACCAGAAAGAUGGAAACAAGAUACUUCCCCCCUCUUCAAUAAAGGGAACAGAGGCUCAAGAGGAGCCUACAUCAACAGCCAAAUAGAUAACCAGACGACAGACGAGCCCGGGAGACCAGAUGCUCCCACGAACAAAUGGCUCGGUCACACAUGGGACUGCACCUCUGAUCAUCUUGACGUGCACGUUCCAGAACAUCCCACAUCUAACUCUAAGAUACCUAACGGUACGUGGUCUACCAAUCGAAGUGGGGCACGGCGUGACCAUAACCGAUGCCUGAAUGGAUUGUUAUACGAUAGGGGAGCGACUCUAUAUACUCUGGAACUAGACGAUGGUUUUUACUCAAUGUUUGAAGACAUGAAGUUGGAUUUCCUACAAAACGUCGAGAACUUAGACAUGUUGGUUCGCUUUUCUAUCAAGACACCUGCUUUCUUUCCUAUAAGAAGAUCCUCUUAUACUUCGGGAUUAUACUUACACUACAAGCUUCCACUCGCUAGUGGACAAACAGCCAUCGCUAACACACUGCUGAGCAUCUUCAGUUUUCUGGAGCGUAGAUUUAAGUGGUUGUUCAGUCAAUCUCCUUCUCUGGUCAACCGUUCAGUCUACGACGAUUACAUCAGAAAACAUCUCAAAUUAAUAUCUAAGUGGGCCUUUCCCCUCGUCUUUUCUCGCGGCCCUGCCUACUGCUUUCUAAUGCAUAUGGACAUGUUAGGGUCCAAGUCACCGUGGACAAAGGACAUGGUUGAAGCUGACAUCACCAAGUGGACAUCUGGGGCUAAUCAGGAUCUAUUGUCACCAUACCUGGACCAGAUAUUCCAGCAGUGGGGAUUUGACACCAAUGCCGCCAACUUCCUCUCUUUCAAACAGUUUUGUAAUGACCCGUUGCGAUGGGGGACAAGUGGAGGGGCAAAGAAAGCAACCAUUGGCGGAGAAGUGUACCGCUCAAAGUGGGCGUGGGCCUUCUGCAGAAUGAUGAACAAAGACGGAUCAUUCAAGAACCCGGACCAAUACGACCUGUACGACCAAGCUAUACGUGAGCCCGAGGUAUGUGUGGUGGCGUUGAAGGAAGAGGAGAAGAAAACACGAGAGAUUAUUACUACCCCCAUGGCAUCAUAUCUCAGACAAUCCUACCUGGCUUACCGAUGGAACAGGUUGCCAGGGGAUUCCCCGAUAUCAAACCCAGAGUGGUUGGGGCAGUUCCAAUCUACGCGGUACUCUUGGUAUGGCUGUGCCGACGCAGAACGAUUUGACCAUUCUGUCAGUAAAGACAUGGUUUAA